GUUUGGGAAUUGGGAACGCGGAGAAGAUGUGUGGUAUAUCACUAAUUCUAUCUGGAAUUAAAAUUGAUUUAUCUUUCUUGCUUCCAAAUCACACUACACCAUCUCCUGAAUUUCCGCAGCCGUUUUUAUUUUCAGAGGAGGAGAUCACGGCGGCGCUGCGGCGGAGGGGCCCCGACAGCUUAGGAGCUAAAACUGUUAAUCUUUAUUUUAAUAAUAAUAAUAAUAAUUUAUUCGAUGAACCACAAAGCUGCGUUGUGAAAUCUUUUAGUGAUGAAGAAGGUGCAGUGGAAAAUGGCUGUGGGAAUCGAUUGUACGGGGAAUUGCGUUUUAUCGGUGCAACAUUGCAACUUAGAGGGGUGAACCCGGUUAUUCAACCCUUGACCGAUUCGUACCACAAUGUUCUCGUUUAUAAUGGUGAAAUAUUUGGAGGGGUUCAUUUGAGCAGUGACAGCAACGACACGGAGAUUCUUAUGCAGUCUCUGGCAAAUUGCUGCUCGUGUACAUCACACGAAGGUCGUUGUAGAUCUUCGACCUGUUCUGAAGGAAGCCGAGAAUCCGUUCCAGAACUUCUUUCAAGAAUCAGAGGGCCGUGGGCUUUGAUCUACUGGCAGGAUAGUUCGAAAACAUUGUGGUUUGGUCGAGAUGCGUUUGGAAGGCGAAGUCUUCUAGUUCAUUGGCCAACACACAAUGAUUCUCGGCUGUUGCUUUCUUCUGUGUCACCGCUAUCUUCUAAUCAACAGCAUUAUGAUAUUGACGAUGAGAAAGCGAAAGUUGAAUUGAAUUUCUGGGAAGAGCUGGCAUGUGGUGUAUAUAGCAUCUCCGUUUCUCCUUUAGAAACGGAUGGACAUUUGAUCGGCAAAGUUAAGAAACACGGGUGGACUGAUACCGAACUUAAAGAACUGACAAAAUGGAAGAGAACUACCGUCGAACCUAAACCCGAGAAUUUAAGUCUGGAUUUCAAGAAAGCUCUUACCAUUGAACAAGGUAUCGUGCAAAGUACGCCUUUAGCAACAUCUCAUAAAGUAUUGAAAGCAUUGAAAGAAUCUGUAAAACGACGAACCACUUUGAACAGAAUCUACCAGGUUUUGCUGGGAAAUCAUAAACGGGAAAAAUCUGCUCCGAUAGCGGUGCUUUUUUCUGGUGGUUUAGAUUCUAUGAUUAUUGCUGCAUUAUUGCAUCAGUGCGUCGAUUCCGAAUAUGAAAUCGAUCUGCUCAAUAUCAGCUUCGACGGCGAGUCGGCUCCCGAUAGAAUAACUGCAAGGGCCGGACUGAAUGAACUUCGGAAAAUUGCAUCCUCUAGGAGAUGGAACCUUAUAGAAAUUGACGCGUACUUAACGAAGUUGACCUCCGAGACGCAGCAUGUGAUGUCACUUAUAAAUCCCGCUAAAACCUACAUGGACCUAAAUAUAGGCAUAGCAUUAUGGCUAGCUGCUCGAGGAGACGGUUGGCUUUACGAAGGUACACAUUGCGAACGAGUCACGUACAAGUCUGAGUCCAGGAUUCUUCUAGUGGGUUCCGGUGCAGACGAACAAUGUGCUGGAUAUGGUCGGCAUAAGACAAAGUUUCGAAAUAAAAGCUGGCUUGGGCUCGACGAGGAAAUGAAAUUAGACAUGCAAAGAAUUUGGAAGAGGAAUUUAGGAAGAGACGAUAGAAUCAUAGCUGACAACGGGAAGGAGGCAAGAUUCCCGUUUUUGGACGAAGAUGUCAUAAAGACUUUGCUCGAUAUUCCUUUGUGGGAGAUUGCGGAUCUUGACCAACCAAGUGGUGUUGGCGACAAGAAAAUCCUGAGGGAGGUUGCACGAUUACUUGGUCUGAACGAAGCAGCUAUUCUGCCUAAAAGGGCGAUUCAGUUUGGAUCUAGAAUAGCAAGAGAAUCGAACAGGAAAAAUUUCGGAAGUAAUCGAGCAGCAAACCAAGCGUCUGCAGGAAGUGUGGUUAUAUAUGGAUCAUCAGACUAAACAAAAACAUUGUCUGAAAAAAGUUAAAACUGCUUCUAUCCCCCGUUUUUUACGAUUACUUUUUUUUUUAUUUUUUGUUAAACUUUGGAUACAUUAACAGAUAGGAUCAUUUAUUUCGAUUUUCGAUUUUCGAUUUGUUCUAUAGUCAGUCAGUCAAUGGUGGUUGUAAUGAAUGUUGACAUUUUCUCAGUGUGGGGAAGUUUCAUUAAUCAUUGUAUUUGGUCUGAUUUUGAACAUUUUUUUUUUAUAUUAUUUAUAUUUAUUUUUUAGAGAAACAUGUAUACCUGGGCACUAUUAUAAUAGUCUAUGGAUACUUUUCUUUCUUU